AAAGGAAAAAAAAAAAAAGGAAAGACACCCUCCACUGCAUUAAGAUUGUUACGUGUGUGCGUAUCCACCUAAACAUAAACUCAACUUGGCGUCCAAGCAACCCUAAUUCUUUAUUCUUUAUGUCUACAAAAUACCCAUUUCAUUCCUCCUCGCCAAAUAAAUAAUCAACAAAAGAAACCCAUAAAGUCUCCAUUUUAUUAUCUCUCUAUAUAUAUAUCCAAAAAUUCUUGAAGGUGUUUCUUGAUGCAAAAUUGAGGCUCAUAGAAGAAAAAAGUAAUAAAGAGGGAUUCUAUUCUUUACCGAUAUCAAGAAACGACACCAGGUUCGAGUCUCGCCCAUCCUUUAAUGGAUUAAUUGAAAGUAUAAAAAGUGGAAGAAGAACAUACCCACAAGAAGCUAGAGUUGAUUCACAAGUCUUGUAUUUAAAAAGUGAAAGAAUUUGCUUUCUUGUGGCUCUUUAAAUUAUUAUUUACCCAAUUUGGAAUGAGCAUGAUAUCAGACGAAAACAAUAAACAUGACAUGGUGUAAUGAUGAAAGCAGUACCCUCCAAAAUCUCUCAACUUCUUCAACAGAAAGAAGCACCAUUCAAUCAAGAAAUCCCAAUAUCAUCACAAGUUCUUGCCCUUCUUGUGGACAUACGAUCCAAUUUAAGGCUAAGGGGCUGAUUCCAGAUUUGCCUGGAUUACCAGCGGGAGUGAAGUUUGACCCAACAGAUCAAGAAAUUAUUGAGCAUUUAAAGGCUAAGGUUGGGUGUGAUACAAAUGAGCUUCACCCCCUUAUUGAUGAAUUCAUUCCAACAAUUGAAGGCGAAACUGGGAUUUGUUAUACUCAUCCUGAGAAAUUACCUGGAGUAAGCAAUGAUGGCCAAAUUCGCCAUUUCUUUCAUCGUCCUUCAAAAGCAUACACUACUGGCACACGAAAGAGAAGAAAGGUACAUAUGGACGCUGAAAGGGGCGAAACAAGGUGGCACAAAACAGGUAAGACCAGGCCAGUCUUAAUUUCAGGUUCAGUUGAAGGGUACAAAAAGAUACUCGUGCUUUAUACAAAUUAUGGAAGGCAAAAGAAACCAGAGAAAACGAAUUGGGUGAUGCACCAAUACCACCUUGGUAACAAUGAGGAAGAGAAAGAUGGUGAGAUAGUUCUCUCAAAAGUGUUCUAUCAAACACAACCAAGGAAUUGUGCGUCGAACCUUAAGGAGUCCUCGUUACUUGAUGAGAAAACUGAAAGAAACCCUAAUGUUAGGAACAUGAGCUUCAUUGAAAACUAUAGCAUUUCACCUUUCAUACCAUAUGACAUUAAUCGAAGGCAACUCAGUAGGGAAAUUCCUUCUCACGUCAUCCCUAAUUUUGUUCUACAAGAUGAUACAUCACCUUUUAUUCAUCUACCAACUGGAUCAAACAAAGAAUAAGAGAUUAUAGGUAAAAAUAUAUAUAUUGAUUCUUUCCUAGUAUCCAAACAAGUUAACUUUUGAAAGUCUCAUAAAGACCUCAUUUAUUUUUGGGGAUUCAAAUUUCAAGUUCAUAAGAAUGUAUAAAUUUUACUGCAUAAGUUACACUAUUGUAGUCAUUUUGAAUUACGAGAGAGACAAGAAGAUGGCUCUUUAAUAAUAGGGUUUAUAUAAUUUUGGUUUUAAGAUUUAUAUAAUUAAAAUUAAUAUUGUUACUAAAAAACAUAUAUGAUCGAAG